CUUAGAUCUAGAUCUGGUUACUUUGCACCCUCUCGACGUACUAGUAAGCUGAACGCGCUCGUCCUCUCCCACUCCCUAGAGAGGUCGAUAUCGUUCUCUGCCAGUCAGCCUUCGCCCGCUCGACGCGACGAAUCUCGCCUUACGAUGCGGCCGUCCAAGAAACCCAUUUAGAAUUUAGCCUUCGACCUGCCUGUGGCUGUCAUGCUCGUCGUUCCAAUCGACCUUGGAAGCAUCAAGGUCUCCGGGAAGCAACCGAACCUCUCACUCGUUCUCUCGAGCUCCUUCGUCAUAGCGCUCCCGACUUCGUGGACUCAUCUACCAACUGCGCAAGAGCUGUACGAGGCCUCGUCGCUGGGCAAGCUUUGGAUCUCCAAGGCUGGGUCCUGUCGAAUCGAGGUCUUAGGCCUGGAUAGCAACGAACCGUCCAGCGUCAUUGAUCAGCACACCAUGUCCGCUAUCGUCAACUUAGUACAGGACUGUCCAGUAUGGAAACACAUAGGGCUUGAACUCCGGGCAAACCACGCCGCCCCCACUCAACGCGAUGAGAGCCAUCCACAAGCAUCCUACUUUCUUCAUCACCCGGACCUCUCAUCCGAACUGAUUGCGCCUUCAGACAUGCCAUCGGCUCAAUUUCAAGGGUUGAUGUGCAACAUCAGCUUCAGCUUCGACUCGUCGGACACCGGGGUAUCUAGCAAAGAGCCCGUGAGCCCUGCUGGGCAGGCACGGCAAGCGCCCUUAAGACAUACUUAUAGCCUCAGAAGUAAUCCGAAGCGCAGUAUGAAAGCAAUUGAAGCCCAAGAGGAGAUAAAUGACGCGAUAUCAGACUCCUCGUCGACACCAGAUUCGUCAAUUGCGUCAAGUCUCGGAGAAUCCGGUCGAGAGGACCAGGAGCCACUCGGACCAGAGGAUGUAGUGUUCGAAAUGGGGCGCCUCCUGGAUUUCGCACUUCGAAAACUAAUUGGAGUCAAGGGACUUUCGCCGGGCAUGAAGAUCAUCAAGAGAUUGGCAGCACCCUCGUUGACCGACAUCGCUCCAGCCGUCUGGGACCUUCAAUAUCUUCAGACGAUGUCGAUACAUGCGCAGGUUAUCCCAGGAAUCGCUGCCGGGGUGUCUCGCCUCAGGAAUGCCCGCUCUUCGGGUCUCCGCAAGAAGCUGAACAAUCUCCUUCGCAAGCAAAACGCAGUUGAUGAUAGCAUUCGAGACUCUGUGGAUGUAGAAGAAGCCACUGUCACGGAUGAAGUCAAGAAGCGACUGUGGACGUUGUGCCAAACUCGCAUCCGGCCGAUUCCGGCUAGAGGGAAUCAAGUCAGAAAGGGAAUGGAUGGGAACAUGACGAAGCACCUGCCCGUCCAAAUCGUGCCUGAAGGGGAAGUGCUGAUACAGCAUGCGAAUUCACUAUGCUACGCCCGUGUCGUCAGCAACAACAUUACUAUCGAAGACGAGAGCUUUGAGUUGGCGACAGGCUUCGACACAUACGGCUUACCAGGAACAUUUUUCGAACCAGACUCCCCUCCCGAGCUGGAGCAUAUUCGGCAUACCGCCGAAUCCUACACAUCAGAGGACGCGGCACAAUCAUCGGACGAUGGUACACACAGGUCCGAGGUUGACUAUUUUUACGCGGACGGACAAGGAAAUGUGUACCCGAUUGAGCGACAUGCUGUUCCCGGGUCUGGCGAGGUCGGAUGGCCGGUAAUACCAGAAGUGACUGAAGCUGAAGGGUGCACCCGGGAGGACGAGGAAACCGCAACGUCGUGGGACGAGAGCCCAAACGAAGAGUAUAUUAUGUACCAUGAAAGGGAACAUUGGCCCCUUGCGGGAGGAGUCCCAAUGCUCGCAGAAGCCGCCGGACAGUCCCUGCUGCUACCAUAAUUUGAUGACGGUCGCUUCGAUGGCUGCGUAGCUGAUUGACAAAGCCAGGAACCAGCCAGCAGACGCACACGGCAGUCGUCCCGAUCCGCGGCUCAUUUCAGGCCUAAAGACCCUCCACGCCCCCCUUCUGUCAAAUCAUCAAAUCAACCCAAGUUCUCCACGACGCUCGAGAUAUGAUACCUCUCGAAGUAACAUCAACUGCGUCUCGUUCCCCCAGACUCAAUAUCCCAAAUGGAGCC